AUGACAAAAAAUUAUUACAAAAUACUAGAAAUAGACAAAAAUGCAACCCAAGAGCAAAUAAAAAAGGCUUAUCGGAAAUUAAGUUUAAAGUACCAUCCUGAUAAAAAUCCAAAUGGAGAAGAAAAAUUUAAAGAAAUAGGAAAAGCCUAUGCUGUUUUAUCCGAUGAAAAAACAAGGGAAAAUUAUGAUAAUAGUGGAGAUGACUCUGAUUUUGAUUUUAAUGACUGGUAUGAAGCCCAAAGAGAGUAUUUUGAGGAAGAAGAAAAAAAGGAAAGAGAAGAAAGAAUAAAACUCACGAGGGCAAAAUUUGCCUAUAAUGGGAUAAAUCCUGAUGCAGGAUACCAAUUUGAAAAUCCACCCUUAGACCCUAAUUUAUGGGCUCCUUAUUCUACUUGGAUGGAAAAAAUGAGAAAGUGUGGUGAUGAAGAACUAGAAGAUUUUAUGGAUAAAUUAUGA